UCAGGCAUAGUUCACCAUCUUUCGGGUCCCAACAUAUAUGCUCUUACUCAAAUCCAUCACAGAAGAUCCGGAUCGGUCGAUGGUGCUCCGUAAGGAUCCCACCUGCAUUCACUUUCAUUGCGCCUAUGGGUUUGCCACCCAAAGACUCGCAGACAUGUUAGACUCCUCGGUCCACAAUUUCACGUACUGUUUAACUCUCUUUCCAAAGUGCUUUUCAUCUUUCCCUCACGGUACUUGUUCGCUAUCGGUCUCUCCCCAAUAUUUAGCUUUAGAUGGAAUUUACCACCCAUUUUGAGCUGCAUUCCCAAACAACUCGACUCGUGGAGAGUGUAUCACAAAGCACUGGGCGUCCAUGUCAAGUACGGGAUUUUCACCCUCUAUGACGUCCUAUUCCAAGGAACUUGUACAUGGUCCAGCACGGAAAACACUUCUCGAGAUUACAACGCGGGCACCGAAGGUACCAGCUUUCAAAUUUGAGCUCUUCCCGCUUCACUCGCCGU